GGCCAUUGUCUUACACAAUCUCACUCUUCUUCCAUUUUCAGGUAUUUCAUUCGUUAUCUAAGCUCAUCGCCACUCUUCCCUGCUUCAACUUCUAACUUUAUCAAACACUUUUCUAUAAAAAAUUAUGUCCUGUUUCGAUUAUUACCCAGAAAUGGAGCACGAUUAUUAGAUGUUUCCAUCAUUAAUGUAACUUUUAGAUCUGUGGACCGGAUUCCAAAUCUGAAACACUACUGUGCAGAUCUUCUGUUCGACCUGUAUUUCUGAAGAUGUGUAUGAAUCUGCUUUUCGCGUUUGAGACAGGGUUUUUCUUUUUUUUUUUGUUGUUUUCCGUCAAUUUUUAAUUUUUUAAAAUAACAGAGUGAUUUGUUCUUUGGCGGUGUUUUGGAUACUAGGACUAUCUAAUUCAUCUUCUGUGUUUUUUUUAAAAAAAUCAAUUCAUUUCAGAUUUUUCUAUUGCUUAGGGAAAAUGAAGUUAUUAGCUGAGAUGUUGGAUUGCUAGUGUGAAAGAAGUGAACUUUUUUACUUCAAUUUAUACAGUGAGAUCACUAACUAUUUUCAUCCAAAGAUUCUCUUUGGGAGGGAAUUACAAAUAAGAAAAAAAUGGAUCUUAUUAUUGGGAGCCAUAAAUGUCUAAAAGCUAUCAUUAUUGCUAUAGUUAUUCCUUAAGUAGUAAAUAAUUGUUUUCUGUUGCUCAACUCCUGCUCCCCAUUGUACAUUGUACAUUUUAUUGAAAAUCAUAAAAGACAAAAAACUGAAGCUAAUUAUAAAGAAGAGAGAGAUACUCCACUAUCAGCAUGAGGGCUUCUUUUACUGGAGAGCCUAAUUUUAUCAUUCCCGCUGCUUCUUGAGUCAGUUUUUGCAGGAAAAUUGGCAAUAAACUGCAUUGUUAUAUGUAGAUAUCAUUACCUAAUAAGUUUAAUGCCACAUUGAUUUUUUGAUUUCACUGACAUGUUGCCCCUAUUUGUUUUUCAUGAACAAACACUAUAUCCACUUGAGAGUAUGUUUGGGGGCAAGAUCUACACAAAUCUUACCUAUUCUUCGAGUAGAGAGGCUGUUUGUGGGCCGUAUUACUUUUUUAAUAUCUGUUGUCCAUUAGAUCUUCAAAUGUCUGGCAUUGUUCCCUGUAUUGGCAAAAUAGUCUUUCUGAUUCUUCUACAGGUAACAAAGCAUGUGGCGGUUUAAGCAUUUUGCCCAUAAGGAACAGAGCGGACUUGAAGGCCGCACCAUUGAUGUUGGCAAUCUCAAAGUUCAUGUUCGCAACAUAAUCGCAGAGGGUGGGUUCUCUUGUGUUUAUCUGGCCCGAGAUGCAGUCCAUGGCUCAAAACAAUAUGCAUUGAAGCACAUGAUAUGUAAUGAUGACGAGUCUUUGGAACUAGUGCUGAAAGAGAUCUAUGUCAUGAAAUCACUUAAGGGGCACCCUAAUAUUGUCACACUUUGUGCUCAUAUGAUCUUAGACAUGGGACGCACCAAGGAAGCUCUAAUUUGCAUGGAAUAUUGUGAAAAAACUCUAGUUAGUGUACUUGAGGGAAGGGGGUCUGGUUAUUUUGAUGAAAAACAGAUAUUGACAAUUUUUAGAGAUGUUUGUAAUGCUGUCUUUGCUAUGCAUGGACAAUCUCCCCCUAUUGCCCACAGGGACUUGAAGGCAGAGAAUCUUUUGCUAGGCUCCGAUGGAUUUUGGAAACUAUGUGAUUUUGGUAGUACCACUACGAAUCACAAACGGUUUGAGAAGCCUGCAGAGAUGGGGAUUGAAGAAGAUAAUAUUAGGAAACACACUACACCUGCUUAUAGAGCCCCAGAGAUGUGGGAUCUUUACAGAAAAGAACUGAUAAAUGAGAAAGUAGACAUAUGGGCUUUAGGUUGCCUACUGUUCCGUAUAUGCUAUUUCAAGUCUGCAUUUGAUGGUGAAUCAAAACUACAAAUCUUGAACGGGAAUUACCGCAUUCCAGAAUUACCAAAAUACAGCACCGCCAUUGUAGACCUUAUUCGGGAUAUGUUACAAUCUUCGCCAGAUGCCCGACCAGAUAUCAUGCAGGCAAGCGCUUUGAUCGAUUGGACAUUCAUCUGCAUGAAUUUAGGUGUGGUUCCGUGCUAACAAUUUGUUACCCGAUGGGAUACAGAAAUCAUUUCCUGAUAGAGCUCCCGAAAUGAUGCAACAAGUGGCUGAUUUGCACGAUGGUACUCCAAAAACAGCAACCAAGACAAAUCCAGUGCCUCGAAGAACUCCACCACCACCUCCCCCUUCUGCUGGAGAGACAAACCGUAAUUCACCACAGUCUCAUAACCCUGGGAUGCAUGGGGCCAAUGACCCUUUAGGUGCUUUUUGGAACACUGAACAUGCAAAGGAUGUAGUCCCAGAUGACAAAACUAGACCUAGGUAUGAUGAAGAAUUGAGUAGCUAUAAUAGAACAAGUUCUUCAAG